AUGGGGUCAUUUGUCACAGUCAGAAGCCAAGCCAUCUCGCUUGAGUCCCAAACGGAAUCUCUCCUGUCUCGCUUUUCCAAAUUUGCACAAACAACCAGUUCUGAGCCCAGUUCCCAGGAGAAAUCUUUGGACUCAAAACUAGAGAAUGUGCUUAACCAACGAGGGGAAGUGAUGAAGACGUUAUCCAACAUCUGCAAUGAGAAUCCGAACAUAUCUGCUUCUAAACUAUCACAGUUGCAGCGGCACAAAGAAGUAUUGCAAGAGCACUGGCAGAACUUUCGAAACACACGAUCUGCAAUUCAACAAGAGCGCAACCGGUUGAAUCUGCUAUUUAGCGUCAAAAAGGACAUAGCACAACAAUCGAUUCAAGAUGAAGAUACAUACAUCCAAGACGAGGCUCGGCGUAUCGAUGAGUCGCACAAUGUUGUUGAUAGUCUUAUCACUCAAGCUUGGGAAACAAGAGACCAAUUCUCGUCACAACGCGCGAUGCUUCAAAACGCCAAUGACAAGGUGGUCCAGACUUUACAGAGAAUUCCCGGAAUCAACCAUGUUAUAGCAAAAAUCAAUACCAGAAGGAAGAAGAAUGCAUUUAUUUUAGCCACUUUGAUUACAGUGUGCAUUUUAUUCUUGUUCUUCACUUGGUAA